UUUACCGCGAGGAUCUGGCCUCCCGCGCGCCGCUCAGUCCGCGGUGGGAGCUGAUGGAGGCGCGAUCAUGGCUCCGUUUCCCGACGAGGUGGAUGUUUUUACCGGGCCUCACUGGCGCAUGAAGCAGCUGGUGGGGCUCUACAGCGAGAAGCUGUCCAACACCAACUUCUCCAACAACAGGGACUUCCGCUCGUUUCUGCAGUCGCUCCUGGCCACGUUUAAGGAGUUCAAGAUGCACGAGCAGAUCGAGAACGAGUGCAUCAUGGAGCUGCUGCAGGAGCGCAGUCAGACCGUGUAUCACGUGCACGCCGACAACAAGCUCUCCGAGAUGCUGUCGCUCUUCGAGAAGGGGCUGCGCAGCGUCAAGAGCGAGUACGAACAGCUGAAUUACGCGCAGCAGCUGAAGGAGAGGCUGGAGGCCUUCACUCAGGACUUCCUUCCUCAUAUGAAGGAGGAAGAGGAGGUGUAUCAGCCCAUGCUGAUGGAGUACUUCACGUACGAGGAGCUGAAGGCCAUCAAGCGGCAGGUGAUGCUGCAGCACUCGUGGAGCUCCGCCGCAGAUGUGCUCAAGGGCCUGAGCCUCUGGAGUCACGCCGAGGAGCUGCACAAGGCCUUCAAAUACUCCGACCACGAGAAGACCGGCGACGAGCGGGGCAGCGAGCGUGUGUGCGUCUCGGCUCUGCCGCAGGAGCUGCUGCUGAGGAUCUUCAGGUUUCUGGGACCCGAGGAUCUGUGCCGCUGUGGACAGGUGUGCAGCGUCUGGGCUCAGGUGGCUAAGACCGGGUCUCUGUGGAGGCACCUGUACCCCGUCCGCUGGGCUAGAGGUGACUAUUACUGCGGUCCUCCAGGCGAGUCAGACCUGGAGCCGGAUGAGGAUUGGGUGAAGAGUCUGCAGGACGAGGGACGAGCCUAUCAGGAGUGGGACGAGGACGCAGACGUGGAUGAAUCAGAGGCGGCGUCGGAGGAGUCUCCAGCCAUUAGUGCGGUUCAGAGAGAGAAGAGGCUGCUGAACGGGAUGGUCCAGAACCUGCUGCCCGCCGUCGGUCCGUCCGUGCGCUCGCUCAGUCUGGCCUACAGCUCGGCCGUCUCCAGCAAGAUGGUGCGACAGAUCCUCAGUUUGUGUCCAAACCUGACUCACCUGGAUCUCACGCAGACUGACGUCUCCGACUCUGCCUUUGACAGCUGGGCGGAGUUUGGGGCGUGUCGUACUCUGAAGCAGCUGGAUCUCUCAGGAUGCGACAAAAUCACGGACCGCACACUAAAGAUCCUGUCGCUGGGAUUGGGUGACUUAACAUCGCCCUGCCCGGAUCGCGGAGCCAAGCUGCUGAAAGCCCCGCCCUCUCCCAUUAAAUUCCAGGACGACUGUUCCCUCCCACCAAUGGGACGCAGCUGCCAGGAUCUCAUUUUCAAGCGGAGACCUGGUGGGCGUGGCUCCGGCUGUGGCCCCGCCCACGUCUGGGUUCUCGACCCGGCCAAACUCACUGACAUCGAGGAUGCGGCCGAUUGGAGCAGACGAGGGGGCGUGUCUGCACAGGAAAUUGGGCGUGGCUGCAUUUUAGAGCCGCAGGAAGGCGGCAGCUCAUGCUGCUGUAGGAGGAGCCGGAGGCGGAGCUUCAGGACUGGUAUUAGCUCCUCCCACUGGAAGUACGGCUCUAUGGGCGAGGCCCUCUGUGGUCACUCCACCUGCUGCACCUCUGACAUGGCGCUCUGGACUGUGAGAGAAGCGCACUGUGACCUCCAGGCCACCGGGGGCAGUGUUGAGUUUCGGACUAAAUGCUCAUUUGAGGGUGAAUCUUGCCCUGAGCAUCACAACAGGACUGACCAAUCAGGAGCCUAUCGAACACUCAGGUUCCUCAGCCUGUCUGGAUGCUGUCAGAUAACGGAUCUCGGCCUGAGGUGUCUGUCUCAGCGCGGAGGACUCCCUCUGCUGGUGCAUCUCAAUCUCUCCGGCUGUCUGCUCAUCACGGGGGCGGGGCUUCAGGAGCUGGUGUCCGUUUGCCCCUCCCUCAACAUUGAGCUCUUUUACUACUGCGAUAACAUUAACGGUCCUCAUGCUGACAAGGCCAGCGGAUGUCAGAAUCUGCAGUGCGGCUUCAGGGCUUGCUGUCGAUCUGGAGAGUGAUGCUCUUUUCUCUGUAUUUAUCUCUCUUUACCCCCUCCACCUCUCGCCUCGUGUCCCUCUCUCAUCUCUCAUCCAUGUGCACUUUAAUCGGGAAAUUGGUUCAAGAUGCUCUUCGACGCAAUUUGAUUUCCCUAAAACCAAAAAUGCUUCAAAUAAAGUGAAAUUUGGCAUUGUAAACCAAUCACCUUCAUUGCAAUUUCUGAGAGGUAUUGUGAAGGAACUGAAUGAUGUAUAUUUGUAAAUAAUUCGAUUGUCCACAGUCUCCUUUCCGCUCACAUGGGAUGAAUUUUGAGUGCUUUAAGAUGUUAUUUCAGCAUUGUCGGGGUUUUUUUUUUGUUGUUUUUUUUGUUUUUUUUGAGUUUCACCCAGGCGCAUUUAGAGUCUCUAACUCCCCCGUCUCAAGCUCAAAUCUGACUUUACUGAACCAUUACUUUAGGUUUGAUGUUAAAAUCACCUGCUUUGGUUCCCCUUCUCUGGACUUAAAAGUUCAUGAAUAGGAAAAUACUCUAGAUAAGUUAAUAGGCCUGAGUUCACAAGCUCAUUGACUUGUAGUUUGUCAAAUGAUGCAGAUGUUUUGGAAAACAACCAGUUAAUAACCAGAAGCUGUAUUAUUGUGUUUAUUAUAACCUGAUGCGGGAAUGACUGGAUGACUGCCGGAUUUUAGUUGCAGAUAUUCUCUUCAGCUGCAUUGAGCAAAACAUCAUCUGUGACUAAAUAUCUGGCAACCGUGUCAAAGUAGGAGCGUUUUCCCAGACUUCAAGCGUUAGUUGGUUAAAAAAGUGGUUUGUGAACUGUAGUAAGUCCUGGGCAUAUUAUACUCGUUAAUUCUCCACUCGUUCUUCUGAUUUUUUUUUUUUGAUUUUUUUUUAGAUGCUGCAUGAUGUUUCUUUUGGG